CACACGCAAGUGUGUUAACUAACUUUAGACAAAAAAUUUUUUUUAGCUAGAAACCAUCUAAGAAUAUGAAGAAGUCACUAAAAGCUUUAGUGUAUGGAGAAAAUGUGACGCCCUUACCAGCUUUUAAAGUGUUUUCAUUGUUUUUGCUUUUUGUGUUCAAUUCAAUGGUGAUAUCCUGCCAGUUUGCUUAUCUACCGCAACUUAUCAAGUCUUUCGGAGUUUCAGAGGUUGAGACAGGAGAAAAAGUUGGAAUUAUCGUCUCUAGCUAUUACAUUGCUCGAAUAUUCGCCAGUUUACUAUGGGGAAAUAUGAGCGAUCGAUUUCCUAAAAAAUAUGUCUUGAUACUGUCUUCACUUGGAUCAGCAUUGGCCAGCAUUGCAUUUGGUUUCACAGAAACUUUCACAUGGGCUGUUGCUGCAAAAUUCUUUACUGGUUGCUGUGCUGGAAUAGCUGUCGUGGGCAAAGCUAUUUUGGUUGACAUAUGUGAUGAUACGAACAUGCCUCUUGGAAUGACAGUAAUCAUGUCCUCGUUUUCCACCGGAUUAGUUACAGGGCCCGCUUUAGGAGGUUAUUUAGCUUUUCCUGCAGAACAAUAUUCUAAUGUUUUUAGUAAAGAAUCUUUAUUUGGGCGUUACACCAUAUUACUUCCAAACUUUAUAUUGGCUAUUGGAUUGUUUAUUUCUACUGGAAUAUUCAUAUUGGCUUUUCGAAAGAAUUCCCGAAUCCCAGACGGAUUGAUAGAAGAAGAGCCUUUACAGCAACAUAACAGUAAAUAUGGAGCGACACAAGUAGCUGAAACUAUAUAUUCUCCUAAGGUUACCACCAAUCGUCUAAUAACACGAUCUUCUCAGUGGAAAAGAUUUAAAAAUUGGAUGUUAAAUACAACAUUAUGCAGACUACUUCGGAUAAAAAGUUGUGUUAUGAGUUGUGCCUUAACAGCAAUAUAUUACAUGCUGGCUGUGGCGUAUGAAGACAUCUAUCCAGUGUUAGCUGCGACUACAAAGAAAUACAAUGGUUAUGGAUUCAAUACAAAGGAUAUUGGUCUAUCACUUCUGAUAGUAUCAUGUUUGAUGAUAGCCAUACAAGUACCCUUGCUAGGAAAAUUAACAAGCAAAUAUGGUCCAAGGAAAGUUUUUAUCUUUUCUUCACUUGCAUUGGUAUUUUGUUGUCCAAUCAAUGUAUCAAUAACAUCUAUUCAAAACAAAAACCUAUUUUGGACAUGUGUCAUCAUUAUUUCAUUACUGACUCGCCUUGCACUUGAAGGAGGAUUCGUCACUGUAAAUGUGUUUGUGAAUAACUCUGUAACAUCCGACCUUGUUGGAUCAGCAAAUGGACUGUGCAUGUCUCUGACGUGCUUAACAAGGAGCGUGGCGCCUACAUUAAUCGGUAGUGUAUUCUCAUGGUCGCUGGAAAACAUCAAAAAUGUGGAAGAGAAUAAAAAUCCACUAGGCUUUCCAUUUAAUCAAUAUUUUACCUUCUACAUUCUUUCUUUUUUUAGUAUUUUUAACGCUUUCUUUGUAACCCUGUUAUCGGGAAAAAUAGAUGAGAAACAAUAAAAAAGUUAUUUUUCAGUUACUUUCGGUCCGAGUUCAAUUAAGGCCAAGUUAUGAUAAAAGACAAACCUAACCAUGCAUUUUGUAACACAGAGUUAAUUUUUAUGUGUAGUUUCGUCGCAAUUUUGAUUGUAAUACAUAUCGACCUUUGUAGUAAUAUCGACGCAAUUGGUGAUAAAACAAUUGCCAGAAUUUGUCACUAUUUGUAACAAUCUCUGUCGCAGUUUUUAACAGCCUCUGUUUUUAUUUGUAACAUCCUCAGUCCAAAAUUUGUAGCAACCUUUGUCCGUAUUUGCAACAAACUCUGUUUCAAUUUGCGACAACCCCUGCCGCAAUUUGUAACAACUUCCAUCCCAAUUUGUAACAACUUCGCCGCAUUUUGUAACAUUCGAUCUCGAAACUUGUAACAAUUCAUAUCGUAAUUUGUAACGAUUCAUCUCGCAAUUUGUACAAUUUAUAUCGUAAUUUCCGAUAACCCCUGUCGCAAUGUGUA